AUGCCAUUAUCUUCAUCCGAGUGCAUCACCUGGUUUGCUGUAACCCUUACCGUGUGUGUGGCUAUAGUAACAGUGAACCUUCUAUCAAUCAUUGUUUUUAUAAAAACCCGCAGUCUUCGCACUCGUGCCAUGUACCUAGUUAUAAGCCUGACCGUAGCUGAUAUGUUUGUCGGAGGAUUUUCUCACCUUCAUCCAUUUCAACUCCUCUCACGAUACUCAUGCGACAUUGUGAAAAUGAAAUUAAGCCCGGAACUGAAAGUGAUAAUUUUCUUUCUCUUCCCCUGGUUUCCUCUGACCUCUCUAACAAACAUUGCAGUCAUUUCAUUAGAUCGGAUGCAUGCAACAUUUCGUCCCUUCAGGCAUCGCCUCAUCAAAAAGUGGGUCUACGUGGUAACAAUUGCUGGUGUCUGGGUUUUAGCUGCAAUGGUAUCAACUGCCAUUUUAAUACUUUUCGAACAUGGGAAGGAACCGUUGUAUCGUCUUUACUUCUCGCAAUCAUACUGUUAUUUGUGUCUUUUAGUUAUCUGUGUUUCUUACUCUUCCAUUGUUGUUAAAUUUUUGUGUGGAGCGCAUCCCCAGCACCAUGGUGCAGACAACAGACAAAGGAAACUGACCGUAACAUUAUUCAUAAUGACUAUCGUAUCCUUACUGACGUGGCUACCACGUGGGGUUUUUGUUAUUUUUCUUCGAUUUCAAUCUUUUACUAGUAUCACGGAAUUCCCUUCUUCCGAGAAAUUAGUACGUUUGAAGUUUUCUUUAAUCAUUCUAUCUUUUAUGAACUCGCUUGUUAAUCCCAUCGUUUACACAAUCAGAAUUCCAGAGUUUAGGAAAGCUCUCCUGCUGUUAUUUAAACGUCAACGAAGACAAAAUGCCCGAGAUAUUCCUCUUCAUGCGCUUUAA